GAUCCCAGCACCCAGCUCCCCAAAGCGCUCAAGGUCCUGUGGACAGCUCACCCGGCUGCGAUGGCUGUAGGCCCUCGGAACUCUGUGCUCCUGGCCUUCACCCUGCUCUGCCUGCCCUGGCCUCAGGAGGUGGGCGCCUUCCCGGCCAUGCCCUUGUCCAGCCUGUUUGCCAACGCCGUGCUCCGGGCCCAGCACCUGCACCAGCUGGCUGCCGACACCUACAAAGAGUUUGAGCGUGCGUACAUCCCCGAGGGCCAGAGGUAUUCCAUCCAGAAUGCGCAGGCUGCCUUCUGCUUCUCCGAGACCAUCCCGGCCCCCACGGGCAAGGACGAAGCCCAGCAGAGAUCCGACGUGGAGCUGCUCCGUUUCUCGCUGCUGCUCAUCCAGUCGUGGCUUGGGCCUGUGCAGUUCCUCAGCAGGGUCUUCACCAACAGCCUGGUGUUUGGCACCUCGGACCGAGUCUACGAGAAGCUGAAGGACCUGGAGGAAGGCAUCCAAGCACUGAUGCGGGAGCUGGAAGACGGCAGCCCCCGGGCCGGGCAGAUCCUGAAGCAAACGUACGACAAGUUUGACACAAACCUGCGCAGUGAUGACGCGCUGCUCAAGAACUACGGACUGCUCUCCUGCUUCAAGAAGGACCUGCACAAGGCCGAGACGUACCUGCGGGUCAUGAAGUGCCGCCGCUUCGUGGAAAGCAGCUGUGCCUUCUAGUGGCCAGGCCUCCCUUUCACCCCCUCCCCUGAGCCUCCCCUCACCCUGGAAAGGGCCACUCCCGUGUCCACUGUGCUUUCCUAAAUAAAAUGAAGUUGCAUCACA